GAUUUUUAGGGUUCUUGAGUGAGUAGACGAGGAUCAUGACGGAUUUCUUCCCGCUCAACACCGGUGCAAGGAUUCCCGCGGUUGGGCUUGGAACCUGGGAGGCCGAUGGCGAGGCGUGCACAAGAGCAGUGAGGUUUGCGGCGCUGGAGGCUGGAUACAGGCACAUAGAUUGCUCGCAUUUGUAUGGUAAUGAGAUCCAGGUAGGCCUUGCCUUGAGGGAGAUCCUUGGAGAUGGAGGAGGGAUCAAGCGCGAGGAUCUCUUCCUGACCUCCAAGCUGUGGUUCACUGCCAAGACCCCACGGCAUGUUGAGACGUGCGUGGAUGCGUCGCUUAGGAACUUGGGGCUAGAUUAUCUGGAUCUCUACUUGCUCCAUUGGCCGACUCCAGCCCCGAUGGGAGACGCUACCGAUCCACCUCCAGCUGCUGCCUUGGAGCACCGGGAAGAGGUUAGACAGAUCAAAGAUUCGUGGCAAGCCAUGGAAGCUUUGCUUGCCACGAACAAAGUUCGAGCUAUAGGUGUGAGCAACUUUGGGAUCUCACAGCUUCAAGAGCUUUUGGGCUCUUGUCUCAUAGUUCCAGCAGUAAACCAGGUGGAGUUACAUCCUUUUUGGAGGCAAGACGAUCUGGUGGAGUUCUGCAAGAGGAAAGGAAUCCAUGUCUCGGCCCACACACCGCUCGGGAUUCCGGGCACCAACAUUGGAAGUUUGCAACUCCCGAGUAACGGUGAGAGCUCCAACGCCGAAGGAAAGACGUUCUUAAGAACCAAAUCCGUGAACAGUCCAAUGCUCAAAGCUUCUGUAGUUGCAGCCAUCGCUGAAGAACUCGGGAAAACUCCAGCACAGGUGAUACUGCGAUGGGGAUUGCAAAGAGGGACGAGUGUUCUUCCUCGGAGCUUGACACCCGAAAGGAUCAAGCUCAACAUCGACAUCCUGGAUUGGUGUUUGGCUGACGAUGAUUGGAAGGCCAUCAAUGCCAUGGAACCACAGGUUCGUCUUAUCAACAGCACUUUCUCUUACCUCUCAGAGAACGCCCCACUCCAAGCUGUGAAAGAAGACGAAGUAGAGCAGGCAGAAAACAUAUAGGUGGAAACGAGAAACAUAAAAACAUUGUAAAUUUGGUGUGUCUGUUGCUUUGCUCAAACAGAAAUAUAUUCCCCAACCUUGGAUUUGGGUGUUUGCUUGAAAA